UUAACCACAUUUGCUUCAGGGUGAAAUGAAAAUACCUUUGUCAUCAUAAAACAUCCUUUAAAAGCCUGAAGAUUUGAGAAACCUCGACAGAGAGAAUACCCUAACCACCGAGUCAUGAAGGCCCAGCAGUCUCUGACGACUUUGGUAUUUGUCUCUAUAGCUGGAUGUCUACUCACCAUCAUUGCUGUAAAGGGACAGUAUUCGCGACAUAUUCCAAAUUGUCAAAGGUAUCGCGAUCGUCGUGGUCGAUUCGAAAUAACCGGAAAUGACGACAGCGUGUAUUGCUUACAGCAACACAUGUAUCAAUCCGCCUUGACUUCGUCGCCUGUCAACGCAUCCAUGGUAUAUGUCCAUGCGCUCUUGCGCAAUGCCCUGUCUAGGUGUGGAAAUUAUGGCUCCCAAAACGGAUCUCCAAAACCAAGUAAAAGGUGCAAGAAGCGGAAGUGUCUGAGAAGAAAGUUGUACAGAACACGAAACGAAAGAAGGGGAAAGAAAUCUAAAUCAAACAUAAAGAGAAAGAAUGGAAGUAGAAACAUGGUAUGUAGCUGGGAACGAAAAGAAGUGCGGAUGUUGUCAAGAUCGGAGUGGCGUAGAUUUACCAACCGGCUCAAUAUUCUGAAGAGACCAAUCAGGCUUCCAGGAGGGAAUUCCUUCAUCCCGUAUGAUGUUAUUUCCGACAUUCACAGAAGUGAGCCCAACCUUGAGGCGGCACAUGGAGGUCCAAGUUUCCUUGGGUGGCACAGAGUUUAUCUGCUUCUAAUGGAGGCCGCCCUCGGCGUCCCCAUACCCUACUGGGACAGUCGAUUGGACUACGAUAUGAGUGAACCUACGGACUCCGUGCUGUGGACGGACAAGUUUUUCGGUCCAGGGUUUGGAAUUGUGGACUCGGGGCCGUUUGCGGGAUGGAUAACAGCUGACAACAUAUCACUUGUCCGAAAUAUCGGAAGCAGUGGCAGUCUGAUAUCGGACUCUAUGGUUAAGGGUAUAUUAGGUUAUAGAAACCAUGAUCCAAUUGUGGAGCCGACACUGGGGACUAUUUCCAUAGAACGAAUACACGGUGGUCCUCACGUUUGGGUUGAUGGUCAGCUUUCUUCCCUCCAAACAGCGCCACAGGAACCCGUCUUUUUUCUCCAUCACAGCUUUGUCGAUUAUAUGUGGUACUUGUUUAGAAAACAAAUGAGGAACGCCGGAAAUAUAAACCCAUCAUCCGAUUAUCCGAAUAAGGGACCAAGCUUACAUAAUCGAAACGCGAAUAUGAUUCCGUUUGGUGAUCUUCGCAAUAUUCAAGGCUACAGUGAUUUCAUCGAAAGCCUGACUCGCUACAAAGAAUCCCCAACGUGUCCAUCCUGCGGUAGAAGUAAGUAUCUGGAGUGUGACAGAAGCAUCAAUCGAUGUAAAUCUAAAGCCAGGAGUACUGUCAUUGUGACGUCCGAAGCCGCGGUUGCUCCAGACCGCAGAAGACUAGCAAUGGGGCCUGUUUACCUUGGUACUAAAUUCCUAUCGCCUCACACCGACAGAAGAACACGGGGAGAUAUCCUAAGAUAUUUACCACUGCUUCGAAGGACAAUCCUAGUUUAAAAAGUCGAUGUGAAUUAUAUCGUUUGGAAAGUUGCAUCUUUAUGAAACAUCGCACAUAUGGUGUAGACCAAUGUUAACCGCUGUCAAGGGAGCGCGUAGUUUUGUGGAUAUUUUCUUUUUCAAACGUUUGUAACUCAGCCUUUUUGAAGUGUCACUUUUUUUUAUAAAAAUAUUAACUAUGCAAUUAACGCUGAUUUCAAGGCGAAAUUCCUUUUUGCUGUUUGAUUGUUACUUUUUACAACUUUCUAUCCUAUUUACACUGUAAUUAUGAAAUAAAGACAUGUUAAUUGUUAAAA